AUGGUAAGUAGUGGUUUGGUACUUGGCCAUUUAGUUUCUGAGCAUGGUAUAGAGGUCGACAGAGCCAAGGUGGAGUUGAUUUCCCAGUUACCUAUCCCUAAGAUAGUGAGAGAUAUCCGUUCUUUCCUUGGCCAUGUCAUCUUCUAUAGGCGUUUCAUUCAGAAUUUCAGUAGUAUUGCUAAACCAUUGUGUUCUUUAUUGCAAAAUGAGACUGAAUUUUUAUGGACUGAUGCAUAUGAACAGACUUUUGAGACACUGAAGAAACAUUUGACUAUAGCACCCAUUAUACAACCCCCUCGGUGGGAUAUGUCGUUUGAGAUUAUGGCUGAUGCUAGUGAUUUCGCUCUUGGUGCCAUUCUUAGUCAAAGAGUCGAUAACAAGCCUUCUAUCAUCUAUUAUGCAAAUCAUACUUUGAAUGAUGCUCAAAAAAAUUGUACCACCACUAAGAAGGAAUUGUUGGCUGUUGUGUUUGCCUUUGAAAAAUUCUACUCUUAUCUACCUGAUAUGUUUGUAUCUCUUUCUCCCUUAAAUGAUGAUUUUAUUGAUGAGCGUCUUUUUUGCAGUGUCACGCGCUCCUUGCCUCCCUCCAUUGGCAGGAUCCCAGCAUUGCCUGGUCUCAGGUUUCCGGCAAGUUCUCUCUACGGCUUCCGGAAUUCGGACUGGGGAAGAGCUAGCUUGCUCUACAUUGCCUUGAGAUCAAUGGCAUCCAUGGGUGACGGGAUCUGCACUUCAGCCAAAUGCAAGGAAACCGAUCGGGAAGAACUCGAAACCGUCCGACAAAAUCCUGAAAAAGAUGAUCAUGGAAACAAGGCCUGCGCUGAAAUGAAGAGGUCAAGGAAGAAAGUGUUGAUGGAAUUCCGAUGCAGGAUGGAAGAUGCCAUUCUGGGGAACUAUCUUUUGGGGAAGCCUGCAAGGAACUGUUUGGGGAAGGAACAAACGAAGGCCAGAGAUGCCCUGAAGGACAUUUCUCUGUGGGGUGUUCCAUUGCUGCCAAGUAAAGGUCACGAAGGCACCGACAUCGUCCUGCUCAAGUUUUUAAAAGCCAAGGACUAUAAGGUCCCCGAGGCUUUCGAAAUGCUCCAGAAGACUCUGAUAUGGCGGAGGGAAUUCAAGACGGAAGGAAUUCUUGACGAGGACUUGGGUUUCGACCUCAAAAAUGUGGUGUACCUAAACAACACAGACAAAGAGGGCCAUCCCUUGUGUUACAACAUUUAUGGAGCUUUCAGGGACAGGGACGUAUACAAGAGAGCAUUUGGAUCAGAGAAGAGGUGUGAGAAAUUCCUUAGGUGGAGAGUCCAAUCUAUGGAGAAAGGCGUUGGGAAGCUCAGUUUCAAGGCUGGUGGGGUGAAUUCAAUGGUGCAGAUCACAGAUUUGAAGAACUCCCCAGGGCCAGGAAUGAAGGAGAUAAGUGCAGUUCGCAGAAGAAUCUUGUUGCUGCUUCAAGACAAUUAUCCUGAGCUCAUUUACAAAAAUAUAAUCAUAAAUGUUCCCUUUUGGUACUACACGUUCCAUGCGCUACUUUCUCGCUUCAUCUCUCAAAGAACAAAAAGCAAGUUCAUCCUUGCCCGACCAUCGAAAGUCACAAAGACUCUUCUCAAGUUUAUAGAACCCGAAAACAUACCAGUUCAAUACGGCGGUCUCCAACGGGAGGACGAUGAAGAAUUUUCGCCUGCAGACAAGGUCUCGGAGCUAACUAUUAAGGCGUGUUCAGUUGAAAUCAUUGAAAUUCCUGUAGCAGAGACCGGGGUGACUCUGGUCUGGGACGUGGCGGUGGUGAACCAGGAAGUGUGCUACAAGGAUGAGUUUAUCCCAGAUGACGAGGGCUCAUAUACGAUUUUGCUUCAGAAGAAGAAAAAAUUGAGUGAGAGCUUUAGGAAUUCAUUUUACAUUGGUGAACCAGGGAAGAUAGUGAUAACCAUUGAGAAUGGGACAUUUAAGAAGAAAAGGGUUUUCUUUAGAUCCAAGAGCAAGCCCACUGUUCCCAUGUAUGUCUUCUUUAAGUGA